UACCAGUGUCUUGGUCCCCAUCUGCUGCGUGCUUGCCACAGCACCCGAUGCCCAUGGUGUGGUGGCCCGCACCACUCGUCAUUGCACCCACCGCCAGGAGAGCAUGCAGCCCUCAUGCCUACUGAGAGAUGUGUACCUGAUCGCGGACCUCUGUCACCCCCUGCCGCUGCUGCUGUGUCUGAGAGUCGCAUGCCUGAUCGCAGACCAUUGCCGCCCCCCGCUGCUGCUGGUACUUUUUCUGCCAACCAGGGACGGAUGUGCAUGGGCGUGCGGAGCCAGCAGCACUGCUACGUGCAGACAGCGCUCGUGGAGGUGGCUGGUCCUCGGGGCGUGCGUCUAGUACGCGCGCUGAUUGACGGCGGGGCAGACGCCUCCUUCAUCCGGGCUUCACUGGCUGACCAGCUGGGACUCGAGAAGGUCGGCCAGGGGACCUUCGCGUGCGUCGGAUUCAAGGAGAGAGUUGAGGAGGCUCACCAGUACGACCAAGCCAGCAGACGACCCGGCAGCGGCACGCCUACCGCUGUCAGCUGGUUGACGUCGAGCGAAUGUGGACGCUGGACGCUGUGGGAGUCGCCGCAGAGGAGACCGCCGAGAGAGACCCACCUGUACCGACUUGGAACGCCACCGAGAACAGUUCCAGGAGUACGAUGACCACCUGCAUCAGCUGCUGGAAGACGCUGUCAUCGAGCCCGCGCUGCCGAGUCCGCCAUCAGAGUUCAUCUUACCGCACCGAGGACUGCA